AUGGUAUCUAAAAUUGUCCUAGUAACCGGAGCCAAUAACGGCAUCGGCUACGAAACAGUCAAAGCGCUGCUCCAAUCUACCAAAGCAACCUACCAUAUCUUCCUGGGCAGCCGGUCUCUCGAAAAAGGCAACAAAGCACUGGAAGCUCUCAAGGCCGAAGUCCCAGAUACGAAAAGCAGCGUUGACCUUCUUCAGCUUGACCUAACCGACGAUGUAUCUAUCGAGACAGCCUACGAGACAGUGCGCAAGAGCUAUAACCACAUUGAUACCCUCGUGAAUAAUGCCGGCGCCAGCUUCGACGGCGAGCUCCUCGCAGGCCAUGUAUCGCUCCGCGAGUGCUUCACCAAAGCAUACGACGUCAAUGUAGCCGGUACACAUGUCUUGACCUACACAUUCAUACCACUCCUUUUGAAGUCUGCCGAUCCACGAUUAAUUUUCGUAGCGGGUCUGUCCCAUAUCACCCAGGCUGCUGAAUCGUACUUCCCGACACCGCGGUUGCCGGCGGGUUGGCCGAAAAUGGUUGAUUUCGAGACCAUUGGGUAUCGAUGUAGUAAGACGGCAUUGAAUAUCCUGAUGCUGGAUUGGAAUCAUAAGCUCAAGGCGGAUGGGGUGAAGGUCUGGGGUGCUGGACCAGGGUUUCUGGCGACGGGCUUGGGUGGUUUGACUGAGAAGGUUAGGGAGAUGGGUGGUGGACAUCCUAGUAUUGGGGGUGAUUUUAUCAAGGAUGUUGUGGAGGGUGUUAGGGAUAGUGAUGUCGGGAAGGUGGUGGUGAGGAAUGGACUUGCCCCCUGGUGA